UGAUGCCUGAAACCGACAUCAUCGUCCACGUCCAUGGUAAUGAAGACGAACCUGCUAUCUUUUCUUAUCCUUUUUGCUUCCACAAUUUCCUCUUCUCUUGCCAAGGGUUCCUUGCAACAAACCCUUCUUCCUUCAGGAGUUUGAAGUGAAAUGCUUCAACGUUGGGGCGGGCUCAGAAUUUACAUGCUGUCUUAAUGAAAGAAUUCAAUGACUGUAGUAAUGCAAGUCGUACAAGGCAUUUGUUAGAGAAUGAAUCUCAGGCUCAGAUAAGUGUUGAUUUGGCACAAGGAUACAUGUCCAAUGAUGACCUUGAAUGGGCCAUCAAAGAAUUUGGACAAAGAUGCAGCAACAUUUCCAGGAUAUACAGUAUUGGGAAUAGUGUAAAUGGAUUUCCACUGUUGGUGAUAGAGAUUUCUGACAAGCCAGGAGAAGAAGAGACUAAACCUGCUUUUAAGUAUAUAGGAAAUGUGCACGGUGAUGAACCUGUGGGCCGCGAGCUUCUUAUAAGUUUGGCCAAUUGGUUAUGUGAUAACUAUUUGAAAGAUCCUUUGGCGAAAUUCAUUGUGGAGAAUGUGCACCUUCAUCUGCUUCCAUCAAUGAAUCCUGAUGGGUUUAGUUUAAGAAAGCGUGGUAAUGCUAAUAAUAUUGAUUUGAAUCGGGAUUUUCCUGACCAGUUCUUUUCUGUAAAUGAUGAUGAGGAUUCCCGGCAGCCUGAGACAAGAGCAAUAAUGAAUUGGUUGAGAGAUAUACGAUUCACAGCAUCUGCCACGUUGCAUGGGGGUGCACUUGUUGCAAACUAUCCGUGGGAUGGUUCUGAAGAUAAAAGGACAAAGUACUAUGGGUGCCCUGAUGAUGAUGCAUUUCGCUUCAUGGCAAGUAUCUAUAGUCAUUCUCAUUACAACAUGUCUUCAAGCAAAGAAUUUCUCAGUGGAAUUACAAAUGGAGCAGCUUGGUAUCCUCUAUAUGGCGGAAUGCAAGAUUGGAACUACAUACAUGCUGGAUGUUUUGAGUUGACCUUGGAAAUUAGUGAUAAUAAAUGGCCUAAUGCUACUGAGCUUCCUAUUCUUUGGAAAUACAACAAAAUGAGCUUGCUUAAUCUUGUGGCAAGCCUGGUGAAGACAGGUGUGCAUGGAAGAAUAUACUCUUCAGCCGAUGGAAAGCCAUUACCAGGCUCUAUAGCUGUCAGUGGAAUAAAUUAUACAGUUACAGCCGGAAAAACUUUAGGUGACUAUCAUCGCUUUCUUGCCCCAAGAGAUAAAUACGAAGUGGUGGCUACCAUGAUUGGCUACAAAUCAAAGAAUACAACUAUUUGGUUGGAUGAUGGACCUGUGACGUUGGAUUUUGUUCUUGAUCCUGAAGUCAGUAUCAAAGAAAGUGUACUGCAGAAUGUCUAUGAUUGUGACUGUAACAGCAAAAGCACACAAGAAUUUGUUCAGUUUCUAUGGGGGGCUCACUUGGAAGUUUUCUUUAUUUUGAUUGUCAUUUUAGGAUUCUUGCUUUUUUUAUUUCGGAGGAGAGCAAAAAUCAAAGUUCCAACAAGCAGACAGUUAUCGGGGUCAAAAAAAACUGUCGAGGUUUAAAGUUAUUGAAAUGUUGUUUGUAUUAAAGAUUUGUUGUACAUUAAGGUUCGAUUCCUUCAGAUGGCUAAAUGGUGCUGUUUGAAGACAGUAGGACAAUAUUCAUAUGAAUAUUUCUGAAGAUGGAUAAUGUUCGUUCAUGCUUAUUCAA